CCCAACACUCACUUCUGAAGUUGUUUACCAUUAUUUUCCUCCUCGGACAGAAUAUUUCCAUAAUUUCGCCAUUUAAGUAAAUUAAGAGGACAGAGUACACAGCCAUGUCGGAGGAGCAUGGCAAGGACUACACUUUGGAGGUAGACUCCGAGUUGCGCUUCGAGAUCGAGCAGCAGGACGCCAAAGUCCAGGUUUCUCUUGUCAACGGCUUUGCAGAGCUGUUCGGCACGGAACGUAAAAAAAAGAAGUACGAGUUCGGCGUGGGCGCUAAGGUGGCUAUCUUCACGUAUCAGGGAUGUGUGCUACACGUAUCCGGGCAAAUGGACGUGUGCUACAUCUCAAAAGAGACGCCGAUGGUGCAAUACGUCAAUUGCCACGCGGCUCUGGAGCAAUUCCGCACAGAGGCCGAGGAGAAGGACCGCCGCGGUCCAGUGGCCAUGGUUGUCGGUCCCAUGGACGUGGGCAAGAGUACUCUGUGCCGAAUUCUGCUCAACUAUGCUGUGCGGGUGGGUCGUCGGCCUCUCUACGCCGACUUGGACGUCGGCCAGGGCUCCAUUGCCGUUUCCGGGAGCGUGGCCACCAUCCUUAUCGAACGGCCAGCGAGCGUCGAGGAGGGAUUCGCCAAGACUGCGCCGUUGGUCUAUCACUUUGGCCACAAGUCACCCAGCGGAAACAGUGUUUUGUACAAUGCCGUCGUCUCCAAGAUGGCCGAGGUCACCCUGCAGUCUCUCAGCAGCAACAAGCGCACCAAAAGCUCCGGCAUCAUAGUAAACACCUGCGGCUGGGUAAAAGGCUCCGGUUAUGCGCACCUGUUGCACGCUGUAAAGGCGUACGGAGCCUGUGCCAUCUUCGUUUUGGACCAGGAGCGUCUCUACAAUGAGCUGCUGCGGGACGUGCCCAAGGGAGUCAAUGUGGUGCUACUGCCGAAGAGUGGAGGUGUCGUGGAGCGAAGCAAAAAACUGCGGCACGAGGCGCGGGAUCAGCGAAUUAGAGAGUACUUUUACGGAAAUGUAAAGGCGCCAUUUUAUCCGUUUAGCUUUGAGGUGAAGUUCCAGGAUCUGCGGCUGUACAAGAUCGGAGCGCCACCGCUUCCCGACUCCUGUAUGCCAAUUGGUAUGAAGGCGGAGGACAAUAAGACGAAGGUGGUGGCCGUCACUCCAACACCUGCCCUCAUCCAUCACAUGCUGGCACUCAGCUUCGCCGAGUCCGUUGAAGAUGAUGUUAUUGGCACCAACGUAGCCGGCUUUUUAUGCGUAACCGAAGUGGACAUGGAGAGGCAGGCAGUAAUGCUGCUUUCACCGCAGCCGCGACCUCUGCCACCAAAUGCUCUCCUGCUGUGGUCGGAAAUGCAAUUCAUGGACACCUAGCAUUUGUAAAGACUUUCAUUAGUUGUACUUUAGGAAUAUUUAAAUUUAUCUUGCGAGUUACAAAUACAGUUUUAAAUGUUAACGUA